CGCGCACUUUCUCCACUGUCCUCUUGUGCCCUGGGCGUUAGUCUUGAAGCAAAGUUUUCCGAACUUCCUUGUUCAGUUGUUCAGUGCGGCUUCUACUCUCUGUUAGCUAGCGCUUCACGUCCCUGUGUGGCGGCGAUCUCCAUACACUGUAAGCUAUCUCGCUUCAGUUACCGAGAAUUUUCGGUCCUCUUCGUUGUAGACGUGUCGUUGUGUUUUGAUCCUGUGUGGAGGUGGCUAGAGUUAUCGAGCUGCUGGUUUCGUGAACAGUUUCAAUAUUUCUGUAGUUUUAUAGCAUUAUUUCUCGCUCUAUUACCUUUUUGUGGUACUUAGUCACAGUAGUUGAGAAGUCGAUGCGCGUUAAAUUCAUUUUCUAUUUCCUGCUGUGGCGUUGUCGAUUACGGACUGUGUAGUCUACGAAGCGGAUUCACUUAUGAGGUGUUGGAUGCCUUCCGGGUUGUGACUGCGGUGGCCGUUUUAUUUGAGGCUGAGAGUGGAUGCGAGUUGCGCCUCACUCUUCGAUCCCCGAUAUUUUUAGAAUUGUAGUGUUUGAGACGCAAAGGAAGCACUUGGUUAGUGCGAGGCGUGGGAAUGACAAUGACCACGGCAAUUAAGCAUGCCAAUCCUCAGAAUGCUUUGAAACGGGUCUGUGUUGAUCCCAGCGAAAUGAAGCGCAGCGCUAACGGAAGCGGAUUUACACGCUGUGAUAAGUGCGAAAAGGAUAUUGCUGCGGCCAGGGUUGACAACCACGAUUGUGAGCAGGAGGCGAAGACAAAGGAAUUGUUGACCAAGAUGAAGAAGCAAGUCAUGAAGCAAGUCGUGAAAAAGAGCGAUGGUGCAAUAAAGAGUACGAAGCGCAAAUCUGAGCCGAAAGUCAUCAAAAAGCAGGCGAAGAAGGUUAAGACGAAAGAUCCUAACGCACCCAAGCGACCAGCGUCAGGAUUCUUGGUAUUCAUGGAGUCAUUUCGGAAGACAUACAAGGACGCUAAUCCUGAAUCGAAAGGAGUGGCAGCGGCUGCCAAGGCUGGCGGCGAAAAGUGGAAGCAAAUGACGGAGGAGGAGAGAGCUCCAUACAAUAAAGACGCAGAAGCAAGAAAGCUUAACUACGAGCAAGCCAUGACAAAUUACAAAAAUAAAGGCCCCAAGAAUGACGAAGGAGAGGUGUCUGAAGCUGCUGCUGAAGAUGAGGAGGAAGCUAAUGUCGAGGACGAUUAGUCUCACUUCCGAAGCAGGUAGCUAUUAAGUGCAGGGGCGGAAAACGGUUCCUUCAAGAGAUGAGAAGAAAUUCCAUUUUUCCACCCUUUUAGCCUGCUUGAUUCUUUGAAACAUCAUCAUAACUAGUACUUCCGGUUCUGAUGUCUAGUGUAAAUAGUGAUCCGCGCAGUCUAGGACUUUAGCCCGACCAAGGAAACCGUCCUACUCCGUUGGAAAGAGAGUUGAAUGUUGACGUGAAGAAUUUAGUAACCAUUCAUUUUAAUUCGUUCACUGUAGUUGCAUAACUACCUUAAAGAUCUGGAUGUAUGCUGCAUACAAAUUGAAUUGUUCGAAUUGUAGGUCUACCUUCACGAGUACAACAGUCA